GGACUACUUCAAACUGGAGAUAAACGCAAUGGCGCUGCCCAUGCUGUCUCAGACGCGAUAAUGACACAUACACAGACGAGUUAUGUAUCUAUCUCUAUGGGUGCCUUCGCAUAACUUCCGUCUGUCUUCGCUGUAGCUCUUGUCUGUUUCUCUGGUCGUGGUGUUCUACCACUCAAUCUCAGUCAUGUCUUGGACAACUAAAGUGUUAAAGUUAAUCGUGCUGGCUGGAGUGUCUGUGUUGAUAGUGAUGUACCUGCGGCAGUGGAUGGCCAACAAACACUAUGUCUUCACGAAGGAAGAUGUUGCUGUACUGGCCAAGCGAUACGCAGGCCAGGACCACGACCAGGCGUUCUCCAAGGUGGUGGUGGAACUGCGGAGGAAGUACCCGGGUCACAUCCUGCCGGACGAGGACCUGCAGUGGGUGUUUGUCAACGCAGGCGGCUGGAUGGGGUCCAUGUGUCUGCUCCACGCCUCCCUCACCGAGUACGUCCUGCUGUUCGGCACCGCCGUGGACACCGGAGGACACUCAGGUCGUUACUGGGCUGAAAUAUCAGACACCAUCAUCUCUGGGACCUUCAGGCAGUGGAAGGAGGGAUCGACUAAGAGUGAAAUGUACUAUCCAGGUGACACGAUAGUCCACACGGUAGGCGAGGCGACGUCGGUCCAGUGGAGUGCUGGGACUUGGAUGGUGGAGUACGGCAGAGGAUUCAUCCCCUCCACACUGGGCUUCGCCCUGGCAGACACUCUGUUCAGCACGCAGGACUUCCUCACUAUGUUCUACACCAUACGGGUCUACGCCAAGGGAAUGCUGCUGGAGGCCAAUACACUACUCACUGAGGCUGGCGUCUUCUGAGGAACCUGACCCCUAACCCUCUCUGCGGCUGGCGUCUUCUGAGGAACCUGACCCCUAACCCUCUCUGCGGCUGAUGUCUUCUGAGGAACCUGACCCCUAACCCUCUCGGAGACUGGAGUCUUCUGAGGAACCUGACCUCUAAACCCUGAAACGUAUUGAGUUAGAUAUACAGUAGCAAUCAAAAGUUUGGUGACUUACUCAUUCAAGGAUGUUUCUUUAUUUUUACUACUUUCUACAUUAGAGAACAAUAGUGAAGACAAACUAUGAAAUAACACAUAUGGAAUCAUGUAGUAACCAAAAAGUGUUAAACAAAUCAAAAUAUAUUUUUAAUUGGAGAUUCUUCAAAGUAGCCACCCUUUGCCUUGAUGACAGCUUUGCACACACUUGGCAUUCUCUUUCUCUCAACCAGCUUCACCUGGAAUGCUUUUCCAACAGUCUUGAAUGAGUUCCCACAUAUGCUGAGCAUAUGGAGGUGUGUUGGGUCAUUGUCCUAUUGAAAACAAAUGAUAGUCCCACUAAGGACAAACCAGAUGGGAUGGCGUAUUGCUGCAGAAUGCUGUGGUAGCCAUGCUGGUUAAGAGUGCAUUGAAUUCUAAAUCAAUCACAGACAGUGUCACCAGCAAAGCACUCCCACACCACCUCCUCCAUGCUUCACGGUGAGAACUACACAUGCGUAGAUCAUCACCUACUCUGUGCCACCAAAGACACGGCGGUCUUCUCACAUUUGAACUCAUUAGACCAAAGGACAGAUUUUCACCAGUCUAAUGUCCUUUGAUUUGAUUUGAUUUGCUCGUGUUUCUUGGCCCAAGCAAGUCUCUUCUUCUUAUUGGUGUCCUUUAGUAGUGGUUUCUUUGCAGCAAUUUGACCAUAGAGGCCUGAUUCACCCAGUCUCCUCUGAACAGUUGAUGUUGAGAUGUGUCUGUUACUUGAACUCUGAAGCAUUUAUUUAGGCAGCAAUUUCUGAGGGUGGUACCUAAUGAACUUCUCCUCUGCAGCAGAGGUAACUCUGGGUCUUCCUUUCCUGUGGCGGUCCUCAUGAGAGACAGUUUCAUCAUAGCGCUGGAUGGUUUUUGCAACUGCACUUGAAGAAACCUUAUGUUUUUGACAUUUUCUGGAUUGACUGACCUACCUUUUCUUAAAGUAAUGAUGGACUGUGGUUUCUCUUUGCUUAUUUGAGUUCUAGUCAUAAUAUGGACUUGGUCUUUUACCAAAUAGGGCUAUCUUCUGUACACCACCCCUACCUUGUCACAACACAACUCAACUCAACUCACAGCUCAAAUGCAUUAAGAAGGAAAGAAAUUCCACACAUGAACUAUUAACAAGGCACACCUGUUAAUAGAAAUGCAUUCCAGGCGACUACCUCAUGAAGCUGGUUGAGAGAAUGUCAAGAGUGUGCAAAGCUGUCAUCAAGGCAAAUGGUGGCUACUUUGAAGAAUCUCAAUAUGAUUCCAUAUGUGUUAUUUCAUAGUUGUUGAUGUCUUCACUAGUAUUCUACCAUGUAGAAAAUAGUAAAAAAAUAAAGAAAAACCUUUGAAUGAGUAGGUGUGUUCAAACUUUUGACUGGUUCUGUACGUGGUGAUUGCUUCCUAUCAACUAAUAGCUACAGUUCCUUGCUCUGUUAGCUAUAGCAGGCUAAUAAGGUAGCUAGUAAGUUGUGUGGUCAUUUAGCUAGAUGGCUACAGUGCAACAAAAGCAAUGUCCAACCUUUUCUAAACACAUCAAUAGCUAUACAUGUAUGGCAAGUACUGUAGCAAAUUGUAUGUAUUUGUCAACAUUUUAAAGGAAUGAGUAGAUGGACAUAACCUACUGCAAUCAUUCUGGUCACAUUAAAAUACUAUUUUGGAUAGUGUGUGUGACCUUUACAGCCUUUUAGUUUGUUCUUGGUGAGAUUCUUUACAAAUACUGCUGGUUGUCAUUUCAGGAGAUAGAAAGCCCACCCACAACCAGGUGAGAGGAGUUCCUUGCUAAGUAGUGAGCUUAAUUCAUAAAUCAAGGGACAAGCGGAAAACCCGCAGACACUCGGCCCUCCGUGGAAUGAGUUUGACACCUGUGUUGUAGCAUUGGAAGGAGGGAGUUUUCAUUGCUAAAUCCAUGGGAUAUAUUAUAUAAGUGCACACCUUGGGAAGAGAAUCGGGACUGUCCCCUUUUCUCCCGGCCAGUUCGACCAUCCCCUCCUGCUCCUUGGCUGAGUGACUCAUUGCGAGCUUACAGAACAGGCCUCUGGGCAGCUGAGCAGAAAUGAAGGAAAACUACAAUUCUGGAGGACCGAUCAUCCUUCCAUUCCCUCCUCUCUACCCUCUCUUCCUCUGUAUCCGCUACUAAAGCCACUUUCUACCACUAACCCUAGGAAACACUUUUGCACCACCUCCUCUUUAAUCCUCCACACCUGCCUCCUCCUCCUCUGCAGACGACCUUGUCAACCACUUUGAAAAGAAGGUUGAUGACACCCACUCCUUAUUCACAAACAAAGGUCUUUGUUUCUGUCCAUUUUGAGCCUGUAAUCGAGCCCACAAAUGCUGACGCUCCAGAUACUCAACUAGUCUAAAGAAGUUUUAUUGCUUCUUUAAUGAGAACAACAGUUGUCAGCUGUUCUAACAUAAUUGCAAAAGGGUUUUCAAAUGAUCACUUAGCCUUUUAAAAUGCUAAACUUGGAUUAGCUAACACAACGUGCCAUUGGAACACAGGUGUGAUGGUUUCUGAUAAUGGUCCUCUGUACGCCUAUGUAGAUAUUCCAUAAUAAAAUCGGACUUUUCCAGCUACAA